GGACGUUUAUUAUCUGCCUGAAAAAGUUGAGUAGCAGAGGUGACUGUGACUGCUAAGCCAACUUCACUUUGCUUUGAGUUGAUGUUGCAGGUUAAUUAGUGUUUUGACUUGUGACAGUUUGUUAUUUAAAUUUUGACUUGGUGGACGAAUUGACCAGAUUUUCAUAGUUUGAAAAUGUCUGCUGUAUUUGAUGAGAGGGAAGAAUAUUUGAAGAGCUCCUACUUUAAGAAACAUAUAUAUAGUGACUUUAGUCCAUUUUAUAUUACAGUAACAAUCUGUGCUAUCGUUGGAUUAUCAAUAUUCAUCCUCAAUUUUGUUCUUGGUUGCUGUUCAAGAUAUUCAGAUUAUUGGGGCGACAGACACACAGGAAAUCGCUGGUUAGUUUCAUUGUGGACUGCAACUCCUCAUCAACAACCUCCUCUAGAUUACACAGAACUAAAAGUAAUUUCAGUCCCAAAGGAUAAUUCAGAACUUCCCCCUACACUUGAAUUUCAUAGAGUAGAAUAUUCAGAACUUCAGAAACGUGAAAGCGACAUUUAAAUAAAAUGUUUCAUGUUUAUAUGGCUGGCCCUGCUCUACUCACAAUGUUUAUCGUUGGGAUCAUUAUAAUUUUACUUAGAUGGGGCCCGGAUCUCUGUAAAGUUCGACAUACAGCUAUUCCUGAUGAGAGGGAUUGGAGUAAAAAAUCAUAUGAUCACACAAUUUCAUAUGCUUAGUUGAUGAGUUUUUAAAAUUUUAACAUUUGAUUUUCUAUAUGUAGUUCUAUUAUAGUAAAUUUUAUAUAUAAAACUUGAAUCGAUGUCCGUCCAAAUGCUAUUUAAAGAAUCCGUCCUUUUUAUAUUUUUUACUUAAUAAAGUUUUAAUGACAA